AUGAAGGAGAGAAAUCAGAGGAAGCACGUCUUGGAGCUCGCAUCUUUAAUUGGGGGUAAACUUAUAGCACCUGCAGAGAUCAAAGCUGAGAUCAUUCAAUUCUACAAAGGGUUAAUGGGGUCGUCUGCUAAAGAACUACCUGUAGUUAACAGAUUAGUGAUGAAAAAUGAGCUUGUGUUAUCGAGACAACAAAGUAAAGAUCUGACUACAGAGAUCACUAAACAGGAAAUUUAUAAAGGACUAUCAAUUAUACGAGAUGAUAAAGCUCCUAGAGUCGAUGGUUACAAUGAUCCCUUCUUUAAGAAAGCUUGGCAUAUAGUUAAAGAGGAAAUCAUGGAAGCAGUAAAGCAUUUCUUUGCUGCAUGGAAAAUGAACAAGGCAAUAAACUUCACCUCCAUUACUUUGGUCCCAAAAAUAGCCAAUCCUACUACAGUUAAAGACUUCAGAACAAUUGCUUGUUGUACAGUAUUAUACGAGAUUAUAUCUAAGAUAUUUGCUGCUAGAAUGCAGAAGUUAUACCGGAUACGAUUUGUGCAUCUCAAGCUGGGUUCAUUCCAGGGAGGAAAAUAG